CAAAUGGGUAAAACGGAUUGUCUGCCGCACUGCAUUUUAAUGAAUCCUCUGUCCUCUAAUCAAUUCACUUCUUACUGGAUCGCUUAGACCGAUUGCAAAUUACCACACGAUCCGAUUAAAUUUUGCUACCAGUUAUUUUGCAAAAACUGCAUUCAGCACAAAACAGAAACCAAUGUCACCUCAGUCUCUGCUGGCACGCUUAUUCUUGACAACGUCAUUAUUACCCAGAUGACUUCAUACACCUAGAUUGUAUGUGAAUCAGAGGGUUACUGGUGGGGUUCGAGAAAAUAUCAAGCAACAGAUAAUCCGAGGAUCAACAGAUUGAAUAAAGCAGCACGCACCGAAAUUGGCUUUGGAUCCCGUUCAUUGAGGUCAUCUGUGUCAUGCAGCAGAAAGUGUGCACCCGCAACACAGCGCUGUUUGUGAAGAACGGUCAGGCGUGUGGAGCUGGAGCCCCUCCACAGUUCCCUUUCCGCUGCCUGCGAUGUGGAGAACAUGAACGUUUCCAGAGCCUGGCUUCUCUCAGGGCUCAUCUAGAGUACAGACACCCGUUCCACACCAAUCAUGACAUCAGCCUCCUAUCCUCACUGGGGCGCUUUAACACAGACUGCACAGAGAGCAGCAAAGGCUUAAAUUGUGACAAGCAUAAAGUAUGCAAUGCUGGCACAAAUACUAACUCAAUAGGGAGAGAAGAUCACAAACGUACAUUCAACAUGGACCUAGCUCCGUCGCAACAGUUACGUGCAGAGCAGAAGCUCUUGUCCCCCGAGAGGAGCCUGAGAGCCGGGGAGGCAGCGGCCGGUGUCGGGCCCCUCUCGGCUCCAGUGGUGGCGGUUGAGAAAAGACUGGAAGGGAUGAUGAGGACCGCCAACAGCAGUAUGGAGCGACGUCUGUUACGGCUGAGCUCAGAGCUGGCGCAGACAGACACGGCUAUACUGUGUGAGCGCGCUCACUCGCAUCACCUGGCCCAGGAGAAGCAGGAAGUGCAGGACCGAGAACGGGCGCUCAGCAGACAGGUAGAUACUGCGGUUAUGGUGAUCGCCACGCUCCGACAACAGCUCAGCAUCUCAGAGCAUGAGCUGGAGAGGAGAGAACAGGAGGUUAUUACCAUUCAGAAGUUUCUGGAAGCAGCGGCACAACAUGAGAUUUGUGGGAAGGUUCGCCUGCGACGGUUCAUUGAAGGCCUGUUGAGACGGAUUUCGCUAGCUGAGAGACUACUGGAAUAUUAUCAGAGCGCCCCCCACAGGCACUUUUGCACGGCCCACCCUGUGACUCUUUCUUCUGAGAUUAGUCCACAGAGAUUAACACACAGCAGGUCUUCAGGAGACCAUCUAGAACAGGAUGAAAAGGAGCAACUACUCGGUCAGUCCGGAUUGAGACUGUCCAAAUCCGCUGCCAGUAGACUGGGUUACAACAGCUGGUGCCAGCGAAGAAGGUCAGAUGGGUAUGAGGUUUAGGGACAGGUGUAGAGUCUUACAAUGAAUGUACAUUUAAAUAACACUGUUUAAAUAUUAGUUCAAUUAAUAGACUGAUUACAUCAGCAAAUAUAAAAAAAUACAGAAAUCCCAACUUUAUCUGAUUUCCCCAUUAUCAGCUUGAGUUUCAACUAUUUUAGUUUCAAACUAUUAUAACUACUAAGAUUAGUUUUGGUUACACCCAAGCCACUACAAGCAAUCCAGUGACACGUGAAAAAUUAGUAGUUCAAUGCUUGAGCUGUGAAGUAUUUUAAUAAUGAAAAUAGCCAUUGGUUGUAGUGUGGACACAGGGUAAAAUUGCACUUUAAUUAAAAUAGCUGUAGCUAGCAUUAUAGCUUAAAAUGACACUUUGUGACCCUGUUAAAAAUAUAACAUGCUUACAUUUCUAACAAAUUCUGUUCAGGAACAAAAUGUAGUUAUAGGUACAUUAUAUAACUGAAUGUUGGUGUUUAUACAUUAUAUAACUGAGGUAUGAAGCACAGGUCUGAUGUUAUGCCGCUUCAAGCUUGUAGUUUGUUCACAAACUGUCUCCUAAUAGAAAAUGCUUUUAGUAAAAAAAUGUAGCAUUUUUGUAAGGUGCUGUCAUGUACUGUAUUUUUAAAUAGUGGUGCUACAUUGUAAGAAAUAAAUACUUAGCUCCCUGUCCCUGAUUCAUUUGAAAUGUAAAAGAACUCUAAACAUUUCUUCGGUGGUAAAACAUGCAGCUAAUGGAAGAUGACAUCUUCAAGAUGUGUAGAUUGUCAUUAAGUGUUCUUACAUUCAUUGCUAGGUAGUUUGAUAACCAUUUUUUAGCUUUGUGCAAUUGGAGCAACAGGACUUAUGAUCAGAUUUAUGAAGUAAAAAAUGGAAGCUGAUUUGCAUCUUGCAAACAAAACUGAAGGAAUGUUUUCGGUUUAAAGUUGAGUUUAUCAACACAGCCAGACAGCAUCUGCAUGACAGAAUUACAUCAGAAAUUUUGAUCCUGUUAAAUUGUUUUCAAAAUUUGCUAGUUUGAUUCUGCACGAUUGCAACAGUAGCACUUACAAUCAUCUUUGGCAAAACUGUAAAACAAGUCUGACAACUAACAGUAUGUACAAGAUAUAUAAUUGUUUAUGCUGCAAACGACAAAUGGUUAAAAUAGAAUAGGAUAUUUUUUAUCAUCAAAAAGAGUACUCAUAUCUAGAAAUACAGUAUUUCUUACCUACAGAGUGAAGAAACAGGGUAGUGUUUUUGGUUGACAUUGUGGUAUGAAACAAAGUCUAUGAAAGACAUGCAUUUGUUCAGGUAGACCUUUGAUUUCCCCCCGAUAUGUCUUAGUAUAAAUUGCAUGUGACGAGGCUGCCAGAAUUAUGACAAAAAAUACACAAAUGCACAUAUACACAAAGAACCCAAUACAGCUGUUCAUUUCAGCAAAAAUAACAUGAAUAUAAAUAACAAAUAGCAGAUGGUGACUCUGGUGAGUCUAUUUGUCUAGACCAAUGUGAAGAUAAAAAAUGACUGGUUUAAUUCUUUAGAUUUAUGUUUGUGAUGUUAUGUGACGACAGCUCAUCCACUUCAUUAUUGUUUAAUCUUGACACAUGUGAUUAGAAUCUUAUUUUGUCUUCAUGUUUGUGUAUCACUAGUUAGGCUGUGUUUCACUAGUAAGGAGUGCUAAAGUAGUGCUGUGUGUGUGAGCAUGAUCACAUUCAUCUGUAUUUUAUUGUGAGCAUGCUAUAAUGCUUUAACCAGUGGCUUGUGCAAUAUGUGACAAUAUUUUAUAGGGGACAAGAAAAAGGUGAAAAUGGAAAAAUUGAAAUAAAAAUGUAUAGUGGGGCUCAACCUAAUUCACAUUUGGCUUUGGAAUCUUUCUAGUACCGUUUUUGGCAUUACCUUUUGUGGAAGUUAAUUCCCUCUUGUUAUUUGUCAAUUAAAUCCUAAAUACUAGCAAACUGUAUUAAAACAGGCCAUUGUUUAUUAAACUCUUUUUAUUCGUACAGUUUUAAUAUUUUGCUACAGAGACCGUCUGUAGUAAGGCCAAUGAUGUCAACUACUUGUCAAUUAUGAUUUUUUUUAAAUUAGGCUGAGCCCUAGACAUGUAGCAAUGACAUUGUAAAUGUGACAAUCAGAAAAAAAAGUUAAAUGACGUAAACAUUUUAUUUUUAUUGUUUAGUUUGUUCCUGAUAAUAAUAUUAAGAGUAAUUUAAGAUGUUGUUUAAUGUUGUGCCAUGUUGGUUUCUGUUAUAAUGUUAAAACUAUUGAAUUUGUUUUCUCUAGGCUUAUUAUCUUAAUGUUUGUGCCUUUCUCUUGGAACAUUGUUAUCUGUAUUACAUUUGUGAUACUGUGAGAUUUUAAGUCUCACCUGAACCUUGCUGCUUCAUAUGAUAUCCUGAAAAAUAGAAAUGAGAUUAGAAGUGAUCAUUAAAGAUUGAUCUGUUAAUGCUUUGCCUGUUAUCCAUCUCUUUGUGGCAAGUGCAGCAUUAUUAAAAUCUGAAUGGUU